AUGGGAGAUUGGAACUUCCUGGGUGGGAUCUUGGAGGAAGUGCAUAUCCACUCUACCAUGGUGGGAAAGACCUGGCUGACCAUCCUCUUCAUCUUCCGGAUGCUAGCACUUGGCAUUGCUGCAGAAGGCGUGUGGAACGACGAGCAGGCCGACUUCAUCUGCAACACAGAACAGCCAGGGUGCCGCAAUGUGUGCUACGACCGAGCCUUCCCCAUCUCGCUCAUCCGCUACUGGGUUCUCCAGGUCAUCUUCGUCUCCUCGCCCUCUCUGGUUUACAUGGGUCACGCCAUCUACCAGCUGCGAGCUCUGGAGAAGACGCGUCACACUAAAAAGGCGGCUCUGCGUCGGGAGCUGGAGGCAGUGGACGUGGCGCUGAUCGAGGUGCGGAGACGUAUCGAGAGAGAGAUGAGACAACUGGAUCUGGGGAAGCUCAACAAGGCCCCGCUAAGGGGGUCCCUGCUACAGACCUACGUGGCCCACAUCAUCACUCGGUCUGUGGUGGAGGUGGGUUUCAUGCUGUGCCAGUACCUCCUUUAUGGCCACCACCUGGACCCUCUAUUUAAGUGCAAGAGGGAGCCCUGCCCAAAUGUGGUGGACUGCUUUGUCUCCAGGCCCACGGAAAAAAACAUCUUCAUGAUGUUCAUGCAGGGCAUCGCCACCGUGUCCCUCUUCCUCAGCCUCUUGGAGAUCAUGCACCUGAGCUACAAGAAGCUCAAGAAGGGCAUCCUGGCCGACCAACCACAUCUUAAGGAUGACCUGGAUGACUACUAUGUUAGCAAGUCCAAAAGAAACUCUGUUGUGCAACAGGUUAACAUGGGGGGCACCUCUGUGGGCCCCAAGCCUACUAUCCACACAGCACCGAGUGGGUACCAAUUCCUGCUGGAGAAGCAGGGUAAUGGACCCACGUAUCCCCUCCUCAAUGCCUCCUCUGCCUUUGUUCCCAUUCAGGGGUACCCUGGAGUCAAGCCAGGUACUGACAGCCACAAUACAGACAGUAAGGAGGGAGUGUUGCCAAGUCCUACUGAGCACAACAGCAACUCAAAUACCAGCAGUGAGACGACUCGGUCUCCCUCUGUGGAUGAGCCAGACGUCCUUGUCAUGCACCCUCUACCCUAUCACAUGGAUCUUCUACCCUGCCACGUAGAUCCUCUCGCCCAUUUCCCCCACCAUGUGGGCUUCAAUUCACGGGGCUCUGAGUACCCCGGGGUAGAUGCCUCCUCAUGUCCGACCCUUUCGGUCAUUGUGAGGAAACCACGACGGGUCAGUGCCCCAUGGAACUGUUCCACAGUGGUGGAAGGGAAUGGCUCAAAUAGUGGGGACUCCUACCCUGGAACAAUAAGAAUGAAGCCACGCUGCAGCUUUGCUGCCAGCCGAGCCAGGGCCUUCUCUAAGCCGGACCUCAAGAGAAUGAGCAGACCUCAUAGCCCAGACUCAAUAGGAGAGCUGAGGUCUGCAUCCCGGCACAGCCACGAUGGCAACAGUCCUCCUGUCUGCUCUCCCAACCGCCGAAUGUCAUUGGCAAGUAAAGCCACAAGCAGACGAGCUCCAGGCGACCUGCAGAUCUAA